UCACGCAUGCGAGUAAAAUGGAAGGAGAUGGUAAACUGUUCUGCGGGAAAGAGCUCACUACAGCUGUCUGGCCUUAUCCAAAAAUGGCUGAAGGCUGCACAAGAUUUGAGGGCUCUAUGUCUCAGCCUGUGGUGACCCCAAACCUGCCACUAAGACGACCAACAUCCAGCCCCAUAAUUAAAUCCAGUCAGUUGGAAGUGGAGAUUGAAUCUUCAUUAACAGGUGGAAAGAAUUUCCAGUUUAGCCUUGCAUCAGAAGAGUAUCUAGGAAAUAAAAGCCAUGGCACAGCACCAAGAGAGGAAACUAAUCAAAAUGGAAAUGGAUCCUUAUCUACUGAAGGAAUUUCUUUUACAAAGUCUUUGGGGUCUCCAGGAACUGUGAAAAUAUGUCACGUCUGUCAUCAGAAAGGAUUCAUGAGGUGCACAAGGUGUAAACAAACAACCUAUUGCUCAGUAUCUUGCCAGAGGGAAGACUGGAAGACACACAGACACGUGUGCAAGCCCUACAGCCAAAAAAGCAGCAAGAAUCAACAAGGACAACCAACAACAACUUCUGAGGCAAAGGAGAUGAUAACCAUUGGUAAAGAACAGGAGAAGAAAAUGUAUCUCUCUGACUUGCAGAAAAUGGACAUAAAAAAGGGCCUGAAAGUGCAGGCUUGUGUGGUUGAGUUUAGAAAUCCUGGGAAGUUUUUUAUUCACAUCCAGACUGCAAAAAUGAUUGAGACUCUAAAGAAGGUAACCUUGACCCUUCAGAAAAUAUAUAGUAACUCAAUCAGUGAAGACGACUACAUACCUGAUGUGGAAGAAGUAUGUGCUGCACAGUAUUCUCAAGACCAGAAUUGGUAUAGAUGUCUUGUGCAGUCCCUGGAUAUUAGCAGUAGAACUGCUAAUGUUAUUUAUAUUGAUUUUGGAAAUGAAGAGGAUGUAAAACUAGAUAAAAUUAAACGUCUCUCUGUGGACAUCGACCCAGUUCCACCUUGUGCACUGCAGUGUAGAGUAGCCAAUCUGGCUGCUGUGACUGGCUCUUGGGUUGAGGUGUGCUGCAGCUCAGUGCGACAGCUGCUCUUGGGAAAGACCUGCUUGGUGACCAUAGUGGAUGUGUCGGAAACUGAUUCUGUUUGUUCUGUUGAUGUCGCCCUACCUAGUAUUGGAAUGCAGUUAGAGGAAUUUCUUGUGCAACAGGGAUAUGUUGUGAAGCAAAAGGUUGGGAAAAGCUCCCCAAAUGGGCAAGAUAUCAAUUCUAUACUUUGUGCUGCUUUAGAAAAUUUCAGAAAGAAAGCAAGCACAGGGGUUGAGGAUGACAAAAAGUUUCCUGAGCCAGUCCACCUGUGCAUUGGUGACAGUUUCUCUUGUGUUGUUACACACAUUCUGUCUCCACAUGACUUUGUCAUACAGAAGCUUGACAAUGCUGGUGCCAUUCAAGAGCUGCAGAUCAGACUGAGAGAUCACUGUGUGCAAAUCCCUUCUUCUGAGGACUACAGGCCAGCCCCUGGCACUGUCUGCUGCUCCCAGUUCACAGAGGACAAUCUGUGGUACAGGGCUACAGUGCUUGGUUACUCAUCUGAAGAUAGAGUCUUUGUGGGAUACAUAGAUUUUGGAAAUUCUGAAGAGCUAGAAUUGAAUCGCCUCCGUCCUGCUAAUGAAGAGUUCCUCAAGUUACCAAUGCAAGCUAUCACUUGUAGUUUACCAGGUAUAAAGCCAGUUUCAGAAGAGUGGGACUCUGAAUCAAUUCUGGUGAUGAAGAAACUAGUGAACACCAAAUUUCUGAAAGUUCGAAUCCUAGAUAAGGUUGAUGUGAAGGCUCUAGUGGAACUGACAGAUGAGUACAGUGAUCCUCAAACUAAUAUUGCUGACUUGAUGGUUGCCAUGCGAUGUGCCGUCAUUGACUUGGAUUUCAGAUCCCAGACAGAUCAAACGGAGGGAACAAAGGAAUCCUUUAAUUCCAUGACUCCAGCUAAGAAGCUAGAGUGGACAUCAACAGAACUGCCCAGUAAUGAAACAGUGGAUGUAGUAGUGAGUGUGAUUGACAGUCCCAGUGAAUUCUACUGCCAGUGUUGUAAUCCUAAAGAUUUGCAAGCCCUAAAUGAGAUGUCUGCUAAUUUGUUAAAAUGCUCUCAGAAGGCCAGUGAAGCAUUUACCCCUGUCAUUGGAGAACCCUGCUGUGCUGUGUUUCCAGGAGAUGGUAACUGGUAUCGUGGAAUGAUCAAUGAUAUUGGGCCUAAAGGUGCUGAAGUUUAUUUUGUGGAUUAUGGAAACACAAGUGAAGUAGCUGUGGACAAACUCUGUGCCAUUUUGCCAGAAUAUUUGAUGCUUCCAUUUCAAGCAAUAAAAUGUUGGCUUGCAGGUGUGGAGCCUGUGCAGAGAGAAUGGACAAAAGAUGCCAUUAAGAGAUUUCAGGCUCUUACAGUUGGAGUCCAGCUUAAAGCAAAAGUCCUAUGUAAUGGACAAAAUGGGUAUGGCAUCAAGCUGGUAAAGAGAGGACAGAACGUUGCCGAGAAGCUUGUUGCUGAAAAGCUGGCUGUGUGCAAUAAAACGUUCCAUGAUCCAGUGUUAACUUCUAUUAUGCCAGGCACUGAACCCACAGGUGGUUAUUUUCCAAAGGACUGGAAAACAGUGGAAUUGCCCAAAAGUGGAACUUUCCAGCUGCACAUUGUAGCUGUGAGGAACCCCAGCUUAUUCUAUGGGUUGAAAGACAGCAAUGAAGUGGAUGUGAAAAAAUUGGAAGCUCUCAUGGCUGAAUUGUCCAGUUACUGCAAUAAACAGAGUUACAACCCUAAUUUAAAACCUGAGGCAGGAGUAGCAUGUUGUGCACAGUUUUCAGGUGAUAAGAACUGGUAUAGAGCUAUUGUUCUGGACAUCUGUGACUCAGAAGCAUAUGUUCUUUAUGCAGAUUAUGGUAAUAUAGAAAAGGUCCCACUUUCCAGCAUUCUUCCCAUUACAGCAAAGCAUCUGGAACUUCCUUUCCAAAUCAUAAAAUGCCAGCUUUCAGAAGAGCUGUUUCCUGAUGAGUGGUCAUCUAUAUCAUUGGAGUGUUUUGAAUCUCUCUUGAGGGGUAAAGUGAUGGCCUCUGUGAGGAAGUUUGAUGGCAAAAUAUACACAGUACAUUUGACUGUUUGUUCCGACAAUGGAAAUGUUGACGUAUCCAAGAUGAUGAUAGAAAAGUUUGGGAAAAUAAAAUGUGAAACUGAUGCAGGAGUCAUUGUAACAGACACGAAUGUAAAAGCUUUAUUGGAGUCCAACACAACCUGUACUCCACCCAUCGAUUCUCAGCCAACAAAUGUAAUGAAGUGUUGCUGUCAAGAACUUAAGGAAAAGAUUGAUAAACUUGAGGAGCUGCUUCUUGUGGUGAUCAAAGAAAUUGUGCAUCCACAAAAAAAUUACUGAGUAUAUUUAUCAAAUAACAGGAAGAACUGUUAAAGACAUGGCAUGUAUUCCACAAGGUUUCAAAAUAUUUGUAGCCCAAAUCCUGUUUUUCUUGGCUAGGAUCACACUUAAUGUUCUGUUGAGAGUAAUUUUGUAGGGGACUGAAUCUGCACAUUCUACUGGUUAUAACAGUUUUCUGUGUUAUUAAGAUUUGGAUAUUGUUCUGGACAUUUGGUCUCAUGCUGUUCAAGCCGACCAAAGUAUUUUCUGUUUUGAGAGUCUUUGUUUGAUUGUGGUUCCAAAUAUUUUGGCCAGUGAGUGAAAGAGAAAUGUUGCUGCAUUUGAAGAUGCAAUGCUCUAAACAGCACUUUCCAUGUUGCUGUAUGAGUAAUUCAGUUCUGAUUGUAGAUUGAAGAUAAAUUUCAGGUUUAUCUUUAUCAUGUUGUUUAUUAAAAAAAUGUUAAAAGAUUUAAUAUAAAAAAAGCAUACAUGUUUUCUAUAAAUAAAUCACAGAAGCUUGCUUAUGGAUAAGAUCUGUGAAGAGGAAAUCUAGCGAGAAACGAAAGUCAAGCUAUAUCUAAUAAGUUCAGAGUAUACUAUAUCAAUUUAUUAAACACUGUGUGCUCCCAAGCAUCUCCAAAAUACCAUGCUAACAAUGUAAGGAAGUAUUCAGCUUACUACAAGCUUCUGAGCCAUGCAAAGAUGUCUUGUAUAUACAGUAUACUAGCUCUUAUAUUUAUACUCAUACAGCAUCUGUAGAGAGAUUAAAAGGUCUGUGUGAAAAUGCUAUUGAACAACUUAAGUGUAUUUAGGAUAUGUGUAUUUGUGUAUAUGUGGAUAGAGCUAAUUUAGGCAAUGUGUUAUUGUUGAGGACACAGAAAUACCAACAUCUGAAUUUUCACAAACGUUUUGUGAAAAAAUGAAAGUUUUCUAACACUUCACAUGUAAGAAAAAAAAAGUUGUAUAUGUUAAGCUACCGGAUACAAACAAAUGAGCCAGUUUAGCCCAUCUAGUGUGAUAUCCAACUUUGAUUGCUAGUAGAUACAGUAAUUGACCUUGAUGUAAAGAAGUAUCCUGUUCUGUUUUUUGAGAAAGCAAAACGUACAUCUGAAAAUGCCCACAACAGCAACUGGUGCCUGAACAAGUAGUGUGGUUAUUGUAAGAGGGUUGUUAUAUGGAUAAUUACAUAUUUUUGUAUUAAAGAAUUUUAAUUUCUGACUACAUUGUUUGGAUAAAGUGUAGAGUAGGACCUGUAUCAAUGUGUGAGCUGCAGAGGAACAAGUAGAGGUUAAUUCCAUUGUGAAAACUUCAAAGAAAACAUUUUUGUGAGGACCUGCCUUCAGGUGAAUGCUGGAAUUAUUUUCACUUUGGAAUUAUUUUGUUCAGUAUUAUAUUGUGAUGUAUUUCAGCUAUCAUUAUGCGUUGCUACAAUAUCUUGUCUAAACUAGUUACCAGUGUUAAAUGUACUCGUAUAUCUUUUUCAUUAAUGCAUAUUUAUAUAUCUCCUAGGCAAACAUAGCCAUAAAGUAUUAACAAUCAAGGGUGGAGGAACCAGGAUAAAAAAAUGAAUGUGGAAUUUGCCUCCUAGUGAUUUGAGAUUACUUUGGGUGGUAAGCAAGGCAAAGCAGUGUUUGCACACAGAGAUUUAAUGCAUCCUCUUUAUUAGUCACACCAGUACAACUGCAAAAAGUAGACCAUACAGAAGGCAUUUUCACAUGGCUCAUGAGGCUUUGUUAAAAUUGAUUUUUUAAGCAGUUUGACAUUACAGAGAUGUACAUAGAAAGAAGAUGACCUAGUACAUUUUGAGCUGAAUACCUUACAAUAAGUAAAUCCAAGUCACAUAGUAUGUUACUUUAAUUAAAGUUAGGAAGCAUUUUCUUCUUGAUGGGACUAAGACUUGACAGAUUAGUCAUCCUUAGUUAUGAUAUGACUGUUUUGUGUUCUAACAUAAAAGUAUUUGAUUUAAAUGGAUCUAUCAGAAAGACUGGUGAGAAUGAAUCACUAUAAUGUUUGUUUUGAAAACUGUCCAGCAUUUCAGUGUUCAGACUAUCUUGUUGCGAGUUGUUCUAAAUGUAGGGGCAUCUCUUAUCACAUUCAAGCUCCUGGCAUUGCAUUUGAUUAGCUUUGGUUUGUACAGUAGAUACACAUUAAACUAUUAUUAGAGCUUUGGAUUCUAGAAUAAAUUGAAAAAUGAUACUGCAAAGUUUGUUUGUUUUUUCAACUUUGAAAGAAGGGUCUCUGCUGCCUGUGAUGUGUUUAAAGAUGAGUUGCUCAAAGGUGGAAAUAUCAGAGAGGUCUUCCAAAACUUCGUUAUUCUCCCCAGUGUGGUGUUGCUGGGGUCUUAGCUUCAAGCUGAAAUGUAAAAAACACACAUGAAAAAUUUGAAUUUUAGUGGCUGUAAAAAGAAUUAUUUGCAAUUAUAUAAAAAAAUCAAAGAAUUGAAAAAGAUUUCCAAAGUUGCUUGUUGGUCUGUUUAAGGGACUCAAGUAGAAAAAAAGUAAAUUUCUAAUAAUGCCAGUUUCAUAACAGCUUAUUAAUAGUUCUAACAGCACAAAGUAAAGAAUUCAGUUUAAAUUCUUAUUUCAUUUAGAAUGGUUUAUUUCUAUUUUUUCUGUAGAACUGUGAAAGAAUACUUGACAGGUGGUUUUAAAGUGCUAUUCAAUGGACAAUACAUGGAUGUCAUUUAAACCUUUAUUAACUACCCCUUUUCAACUGUUUACCUUAAAUUCCAGAAUAAAGUAAUGUUUAUUUAAAUAAUACCCUUAGUCAAAAGAUACAUAAAAUUGACAUAUUAAGAUUUUUCCUAAGACUGUUUCUACAUUGUCAUAGAAGGGGACAUGUUUAAAAGUUUUGGCACUUUAGCAGUCCUAUCUAGCACCCUCCGCUUGUUUUUAGAUUGACCAAAUACACUUUAAUUGUUCAUUUAAUUUUACAAUUGGUAUUGUAAAACCGUAAUAUUAACAUUUCUUUCAACUCUCAUAAAGGUUUUUGUUUGUAAUUUACAGUAACCAAUGUUUCUCAGUUGUGUUUAAUAAACAAGCCAUGUA